CAUAUCGCCUGGAAGUUCUUCAUAGGCCUACAGGCGAUGAUGUCGCAUUGGAGUAUGUUGUGUUGUUUCUUACUAGUACUCUGGGGAUUUCUACGAUGCAAGAGUUCUAACCUUCCCCAAGCGUCGUUGCGAUAUUGGAUAUGAUGGGCGAACCGAAUCGCUCUUGGCACCACGUAACUGAGAGCCAUGGCCAGUGCAUUUGGUUGCGUGAUGCCUUGCCGAAGCAUGUUCCAGGGGCGCGGGUUAUGCUCUUCUCAUACGACAGUGGUCUGGACGGUAACUGGAACAUGCUCUCACCGAACUGGCUGACCUGCAUCGCCAUGAAUUUGUUGAAGUCUAUUGAAAACUGGAGAGAACAGAACAACCCGGACUUUUCGCGGCCAGUUGCAUUCAUCGCUCGUGGAUUGGGAGGAGUCAUCGUCAAGAAGAUAUUUUUCGAGACGCCACAUCGCCCAGAUGAUAUGUCGUCGUGGGAGGACAUGAUCCUGAACAUCCUUCUUGCGGACCAUUCACCCACGUCACCAUGUAGAAAUAUCUCAAGUCGUGCGGGAAACCUGAUCAAGGAUGUCGAAGAGGUCACCGCUCUCUUCUCAAGACCAAGCACAACACGGCACAACUCCACGAAUAUGUUCCGCAAGGACGAGGAAAUGAAAGUUGUGGAAGAAAGCAUUGAGUAGAUAUUCAGCGAGCCUCGGGCUCGUGGGUGAGGUCGUUGUGGAAAGCAAAAGCAAAGAUUUGUACGAAAACAUCAAGGCCCUGGACGAAAACAGCCGCGAGUUCC